AUGAGAGAGAAGGAGCGGAUAGUAGAUAAAGCUGCAGCCAGGACCAUGAGCUGCACCCUUGUGACCGCAUCUUAUGAUUCGCUGCCAGCUCAGCUGAGUCCCCAUCGUGUAAAAGAUCAACAUUUUACUCGAAGGCUUUCAUCUCCACACGGUUUGGGAGCCCGCACCUCAUCAUCUGUGCCUCGUCGUCCUUCAGCUCUGCCGGGAUAUCCACUUUCUUCCUUCCAGGAGCCAAACAACCUCAACGAUCAACUUCAUCAUCAGCGUCUCUCCCUGUCAUUAGGUUCCAAAGCCUCACUGGCGCCCCCUGUGCCUCAGGCAAAUCCUGCCCCACCAUGCUGCCAAGUGGUGGGUAUUGUGCCAUUGCUACGCCUGGCACUACUCAUCUUCAGCUGCCUCUUCUGGGCAGCCGGAUUGGCGAUCUUCACCCUAGGAGUCUGGGCACAAGCAUCCCUGGCUGACUACAUGCUGCUUUCAUCUAACCACUACCCCAAUGCUCCACUGAUACUCCUCGGUACAGGGGCUGCCAUCACCUCCUGGGGUUUCCUGGGUUGCCUGGGUGUGGCAGCCAAUUUGCCCUUCCUUCUACGCACCUUUGGCUUCUUCCAGCUGGCUGUACUGAUGGGGGGAUUGGCCGCUGGACUUUCAGGACUAUUCUACAGGGAAGACAUCGCUGGAGGUUUCCGCAGUGGGCUACAGAGGGCAGUGGAGGGCUAUGGAGAAGACGAAGGACGUGCUGAUGCUCUGGACAGCCUUCAGAGGGCGCUGAAGUGCUGCGGGGCAGAUGGCUGGCAUGACUGGCUCCUGUCUGACUGGGCUGUACAGGAUGCGGUUUCACUGACAAGUAGCUCAGACAAUGACACUUAUUAUGUUUCUGUACCGGACAGUUGUUGCAUACGGCGCAAAGGCUGUCAUAACAGGCCAUUGCCAGAAGGAGGAACUGGUAGCAUUGAAGGUGUGGGGAUUCACCCACAUGGUUGCUUCAAGAAAGUAUUUAGUUUUGUCAAUGCGAACAUCUUUCACAUUGCUGCUGCUGUCCUAGCUCUUGCUUUUACCCAGGUAGCAGGUAUCAUUCUCGCAUGCCUUCUCGCCAACCGCCUACCUCCUCGGCCUCAUAGGCGUGGUCACUAA